CAGUGUUUGUUGGUGGAAUAGAAAUGGGAGAAAUAUUUGGGUUUACGAGCAAAUUUAGUUCAUAUUCAAUGACAAAGCUAAACGAAUUGCUUGAGGAUGAUGACAAGCUCAAUGAAAUUGUCAAAGAAAUGGACGAGAUCCAGGGGUGGGGCCAGAGGGGCACUGACUGGCCCCAGCUGAAAUCUGAUUGGCCCCUGAAAUGCCCUUGUCCUGUCAAUCAUCUCUGAUCUAUGUCAGAGCACUCAAUCAGCUGAGUCGGUGUGUCUGAAAUUCAGCUGGAGUAACAGUUUCUUUCUACCGCAUCUCAUAAUGGCUGGUGUUAGAGAGUGCAUUCAUCCUCGUACACUUAAGCUUUAAUGGCAAUCCAGACGUGAGCGAAGACUCCGCCCCUGACUGCACCUGUGGCUGUUCCUAACGGUGAAACGGGAUCCCCGCUACUUGGGAAACCCCCAGCAUGCCCUCGGCAACCCCGCAGCGAAUUCCCUACACUGGUGGAGAAUGCGGGCAUGAGCACAGACUCGCCAGGAGACUCGCCCAGAGCCUACAGGUUGUGACCCGGGAGCUGCUGGCCCUGAAAGCAAGGACCCCUGUGGCCGCCCCUCCCCGCCCAGAUCCCAGCCGAGAAUCCCAGGGCCUUCUUCCAAACUUGACGGGUCGCCCACCGAGAGGGCUGGGGUAUCAAAGAAUGGCCGCGCAUCCUUGGUCCGCUGCUCACCGGAGAGGUGCGCACAGCUUAUUAUGCCCUCGCUCCAGAGGACGCAGGGGACUACAGAGCAGUACAGAGAGAGAUCCUGGCAUGGUGUGGGCGGAACCCCCUCCAGACGGCGGCGGAGUUUCACCAGUGGAGCUACAGGCCCGGAGCCAAGCCACGGGGACAGAUGGAUACCCUCCUGCGCCUCACCAAGAGGUGGCUCCAGCCAGACCUGUACACCACCACCGAGGUUGUAGAGAGGUUGGCCGUGGACCAGUUCUUGAGGACUCUGCCACCCACCAAAUGUCAGGCCGUGGGAAUGCAAGGCCCUGGGACACCCAGGGAACUACUGACCGCCCUGGAACGCACCCUGCCCACCCUGGUGUUUGGCGAGGAUGGACAGCACCACCAACACAGCCCAGACUAUGGGACACCCGAGGACGAGCCCAGGCCGACAGGGGUUUGACAAGGAAGCGCGAGUGCGACAGGCCUACAUGGCCCGAGGCGAGGAGGAUGCCGGGACAGAAGGUACGCUGCACACACCCUCUAACCUGCUUUCGUCUGUAUUCCAACAGGUAAACUGGCAGGGGAACUUCAGGCGGGAACAGACGACAGGAGGAUGACCGCCUGAAACACUGCUGGGCCCAGGUGCGUCAGAUAGAAGGGGUCGACCAGAGUCCGAACCAGAGGCUCCCUUCCUCCUACUUCCUCGUCAGGGGAGGCCUCCUGUAUCAACGAGCCAGCUGCCGAGGGGAAAUCGUGGACCUCCUGGUAGUCCCCAAGACCAAGACGCAGACGCUGAUGCACCUGGCCCAUGCCCACCCGCUCGGGGGCCACCUGGGGGCACGAAACACCCUAGAGAAGCUAAAAGACGAUUUUGUCUGGCCAGGGAUGGAUGCAGAGGUCUGGGGCUUCUGCCAACAGUGACCCCAGUGCCAGCGCACUGCCCCACGGAGGCCCCCGCCAGCCCCCCUUAUCCAUCUGCCCAUCAUAGGCAUCCCCUUUGAUAGGGUCGGCAUGGACCCUAUACCCCGAGGUGGUGCCGCUACGCAAAGCCACCUCCCGUAACAUUGCGAGAGAACUGAUGCUCCUGUUCAGCUAGGUGGGGAUACCAAAGGACAUCUUAACCGACCAAGGUACGCCUUUCGUCUCCAAACUAAUGUCUGAUCUGUGUCUGCUGUUGCAGGUUAAGCACCUAAAGGCGUCCGUUUACCACCCACAGACCGACGGGCUCAUCGAGAGGUUCAACCAAACCUUGAAGCAGAUGCUACGAUGGGUGGUAGACAUGGAGGGGAGAGAUUGGGACCUUCGCUGUCCGGGAGUUCCCCCAUGCCUCCACGGGCUUCACCCCCUUCGAACUCCUCUUUGGACGGCAACUUCGGGGACUGCUGGACGUGGCCCGGGAAGCCUGGGAAGAACAGCCCUCCCCGUUCUACUCAGUCGUCGAUUACGUACAGGAAAUGCCGGGGAGAAUUGACCGAGUGGCCCCAAUCGUCCAGGAGGAGCGGAAACGAGUGUACAACCGGCCGGCGCAACCCCGGGAAUUCCAACCUGGCGACCAGGUGCUCCUACUGAUGCCAUUCAGCUCCUGCAAAUUCCUAGCCCGGUGGCAAGGGCCAUACACAGUCCUUGAGCGGAAGGGGGCCGUAAACUUAUUGCCUGCAACAGCCCGGUAAGUGAGCGGAGACACAAACGUACCACGUGAACCUGCUAAAGAAAUGGGUAGAGUCGGCGCCAAUAGUUUCUGCGUUCAUUGCACGGGACACAGGUCAUGACGAGGGUACCUUGGUCCAGCUGGGGGAAGACCUCACUCCCGGGCAAAGACAGGAGCUGUCGAGUUGGUGGGUCAAUUCACGGAUGUGUUCUCUACCUCCCCAGGAAUGAUGCAGCUGGUCCACCAUGAGAUCAAGACCCGGCCAGGAGUGGUGGUGCGGCAGCGGCCCUAUCGUGUCCUGGAGGCCCGCCGCAAGGCUAUCGAGGAGGACAUCGGCCGAAUGAUGCGGGACAACAUCAUCAAGGAGUCCAAUAGUAUGCGCCUAUGCAAUGACUUCUAGAAGCUGAACCAGGUCUCGGAGUUCGACAGCUAUCCACUCCCCCGAGUGGACGAUCUAGUGGAAUGAUUGGGGAGGGCCUGGGUCAUAUCCACCCUGGACCUGACCAAGGGAUACUGGCAACUGGCCCUGGCCCCAGAGGCGAGACCAAAGACUGCCUUCAGCACGGCGAACAGCCAUUGGCAAUACCGGGUUCUCAUCUUCGGGCUCCACGGGGUGUCCGCAACGUUCCAGCGACUGAUGGACAUUGUCCUGCAUCCCCAUCGUCCCUUCGCAUCCGCCUACCUGGACGAUGUAGUCAUCCAUUCCUCCACCUGGUCGGACCACCUGUUCCAUCUGGGGGAGGUCCUGAAAGAGCUCCGGAAGGCCGGGCUGAUAGCGAACCCCAAAAAGUGCCACCUAGGGCUGACUGAGGCACAGUACCUCGUGUACCGUAUUGGCCGGGGCCUAGUAAAGCCCCAGACGAAGAAAAUUGAGGCACUAAGAGACUAUCCCCGGCCUACAUCAGAAAAACAGGUACGUGCCUUCUUGGGGUUGGUGGGGCAUUGCCGCAGAUUUGUACCUUACUUCUCCUCUGUACCCUCCCCCCUCUCAGAUCUUAUGAAGAAGGGCUAGUCGGACCGGGUGAAGUGGUCUGCAGAGGCGGAGCGGGCCUUCCAAGCCCUGAAAGAAGCCCUCACCAGCGCCCCAGUGCUACGCAACCCAGACUUCGCCCUUCCAUUCUCCGUGCACACAGAUGCAUCCGAAACCGGGCUGGACGCUGUUCUCUCACAGACCUUCGGCGGAGAACACCACCGGUCCUCUACAUCAGUUGAAAGUUAUCCCCAGCUGAGAGGAAAUAUGCGGCCAUGGAAAGAGAGGCCUUGGCAAUAAAGUGGGCCAUCGAAAAGCUGCGAUACUACCUGGCCGGUCGGCACUUCAUCCUGGUGACAGACCACGCCCCACUGCAGUGGAUGGCCAAAGCCAAGGACACUAAUGCCAGGGUAACCCGAUGGUUCCUCUCGUUGCAGGAUUUCUCUUUCCAGGUCCAGCACCAGGCGGGGACCCACACACCAGCACCAGGCCUCUCGCGAAGGGAUGCACUGUGGGCCGGACACGCGGCAGCAGUAGGCUCGGAGCUGAGGGGGGGUACUGUGGCGACCGGCCAACAGCCGGCGCACAAGAAACAAAGAUCGCUCCUCCCGCGAAUGCCAUGGUGGUGCUGAAGAGACAGCUCCGCUUCAGCACCACCAAUGUUUUGGACUGCCGGAGAGCAGGAGGCAGCGGGGCAGGGCCGCCGACACACACACUGCCUGUGAAUGGUGUGCGGCACAGAAGAAUUCAACAUCCAGCAGGCAAGGGGAGAAUAUAAAAGGCCGAUAUUCCGCUCGGAGGGGGAGAGAAGACUCUCGGGGUGUACGCACUAACCUAUGCUGUGUGUUUUCCAGGCAAUCCAGACGCAAGUGAAGACUCACUGACGCGGCUGUUCCUAAUGGCGAAACGGGAUCCCCACUACUCGGGGAAACCCCUAGCACGCCCUUGGCAACCCUGCGGCGACUAAGCAUUUCACCUCACACCCCCACUUUGACGCGCACCCACACCCUCUCACGAACUAUUUGUGAAUAAAGAUUUCUCCACAAGUGGCACCGAAACUGCCUCCUGUGUGUCUGUGCUCCGUCCCCGCUGGCUAGAUUCCCUACAGUAUCAAAAUUUUUCUUGUGGCUCUUCAGCAGCAGCAGCCCCUAUUGCUCAUUGAAUGAAUAUAGGAAUUAGAAGAAUUAAUAUUUAUGAAGCGUAUGGUGUAGGCUGCACCUGCUCAAUAAAAAAUGCCCUGAGAUAAUGAAUGAUACCAGAUGAUUCAGCACUACAUUAUUGAAACUGUCUUGACUUGACCAAAAAGCUUUGUAAAAAGGGGAGAUUUGUGGUGAGAAAUAUGACAAUUUGUAAAAUUUGAUUUAGCGUCAGAAGCAGAGCCAGGACCCAGUUGUAGGCCUAUGCAGGAGAUUGAUGCUGUCACUGUGGAAGACACAGGUAAGCUGUUGUACCACAGUGUGUGAAUAAGCAAACAUGAUCACAUUAGUUACAAUAGGCCUAUAACAACUUUCUAUGCCCAAGUGUUAGUGACAUUAUGUUUUUUAUCAAAAGAUAGUAGCCUAAAUAUACAAUGCCCAUGAUUGAAAGGGAAUGGGACAAAAGUCUUAUGAAAUAAGCCUACAUAUUUUGCCAUUUGGAUAUUUUAGUAGUUUAAAUUAAAACGUGCUUUCCAUGUCAAAUAUGUUAAAGCUUACGGAAUGCUUUUUAUGGUGAUUAAGGUGCAAUCGAGUUUAGGGAUACAGAAGGAAGUGUGAAAGGGAGAGCAGAGUCUAGGACAGACUAAAGAUGUCCCCUCUGGAGGGUUACAUUGUCAGGACAGUUAGUGAAAUGCCACAAGGAACUGAUGAGGAUCCUUCCGUGGACCAGAAGGAUAUCGAACUAGAGAGCAAAACUUGUUCCUUCUGUAAAAACUGUGGCAUUUGUGUUCAUCUCAUCCUCUCUCAGUACAAUCGUCUAACUGAUGCCUACCAUGUGCUCGCCUACAAGUUGCUAUUAACACUGUCCAUCACACAAGUAGCCUGUGAGAGAAGCUUCUCAACAGUGAAAUUCAUAAAAAAAAAACCAGACUCAGGAGCACUUUAACCUAGAAGAACCUUGAGGCAUUUAUGCUCAUGUGCACUGAGAAAAAAUUUGCAUGUCUUUGGACAAUGACACUGUGAUAAACAAAGUUGCAGAGACCACUGCAUUGCUCAGGCGUUUAUUAAUGUUUUAGGGUUGGCCAUGUUUCCUUGAAGCUACACUUAUGCAGAGGAAAAAGAGAUGAAGCUGUCAUUAGAAAGUUAUACUGUAAAAAGAAUUCUUGCAGAGAACAGUGCAAUACUUCUUUUUAUUCUUUAUUUGUGUUUAAGGAUUGGAUAUCUGUGAACAAUUUUGCACAGAAUAUAUAUUCAGAUCUAUUGCAGAAAAGGACAUUGUGAUGUUUUAAAGAAUAGUGUUGGAGAUUUACCCUUUAAUGUUCUCAUAUUUGUGUUGAAGUUGUAAAGCAGCCGUUUUCUUAACUUAUGCAAAGGAAAAAGAGAUGAUGGUGUCAUUAGAAAGUGCAAUACAUUUUUUUAUUCGUUAUUAUUUAUUUAUUUAUUUAUUUAUUUAUUUUAUAUUUGUAUUUAUUUGAUAUUUUUUCAUUUCAAGGGUUAGAUAUGUAUUAACACUUUUUUUUUUUUUUUUU